AUGGACGAGUUGACAUUCAUGAUGAAGGGGGCCAAGGACGAAAAGCCAGGUACCACAAUCAAUGCGGAAGGAUACUGCGGUACGUUACAACGUUUGCGGAGAGCUAUCCAGGACAAAAGGAGAGGAAUGCUCACAUCGGGAGUAGUGCUCAUUCAUGACAACGCCCGUCCUCACAGUGCUGCUUUGACAAAGCGUCUUCUUGACGGUUUUAAAUGGGAUGUUUUUAACCAUCCGGCGUAUAGUCCUGACUUAGCGCCGAGUCACUAUCACCUUUUCCCGGAACUGAAGAAAAUGCUAGGAGGGCAGACCUUCCGAACAGACGACGCGCUGCGAGACGCCGUGAAAACCCAUCUCAAAUCACUGGCGGCAAACUUCUAUGAAGAAGAUAUUAAGAAGCUUGUUCCCAGGUAUGAAAAAUGCCUCAAUUUAAAUGGCGAUUAUGUUGAAAAGUAA